AUCUUGUCCCCGCGCAUUAAAAUAUUACCAAACAUAUAUAAUUAUGGCUACCAGUCUUCCACGCAACAACACCCCUGUCUCGGAACCUCAUACUAUUAAAAGUAUAUGCGUGUUUUGUGGAUCAGGUGAAGGAGAAGAUCCAAUCUACAUGGCCGAUGCAACUGACUUAGGCAAGAAAAUGGCCGAAAACAAUUACAAUCUUGUUUAUGGUGGUGGCUCGGUUGGUUUGAUGGGUGGCGUCGCCAAGGCUGUGAUUUCUGGAGGAGCCAAAGCCAAAGGUAUAAUCCCUGAACCCUUGUAUCGUCAUGGUAGCAAACAGAUUUGUGAGGUAUCUAUUGUGCCUGAUAUGCACACCCGUAAAAAGCAAAUGGCGGAUGAGUGUGACGCUUUUGUGGUCUUACCUGGUGGAUUUGGUACCAUGGAAGAGAUGCUUGAGGUCAUUACUUGGUCCCAAUUGAACAUUCACUCAAAGCCAAUCUUGCUCUUAAACACCAAAAACUACUUUGACUUGUUUGUUCAAUGGAUUGCUUACAGCGUCAAAGAAAAAUUCAUUCAUGCCACAAAUGCUUCAAUCUUUGUGCUAUGUAAUGAUGCAGAAGAUAUAAUUGAGAAAUUGAGUGUGUAUUCUGCUCCAAAUGGUCGUUAUGCUCUUGAUUGGGUCAAAAAAGACGGAAAGGAUGGACGAACCAAGAUUUAAAACUGGUUUAAACAGUCACAAGAUUAGCUUUCAGUUGCAUAGCCGCUUCCUUCCUUCCUUUUGCCUAUUGCUACAACUUAUUUUCACCUUCAGCGAUAAUUUUUGCCUCUUAUAUAAACGUCUAAAUUGAAAAGAACAAUAUGUCUAUGUCAGAAUAUAAAUUAAAGCGAGAUGCUUGUCGCCCAAAAGUGCUCGAAAAAUAUGAUAUUGUAGGCUUCAUCAGCUCCGGCACAUAUGGACGGGUCUACAAGGCACGGUCACGUAAUAAAGAUGACCAUCGCGAAUUUGCCAUAAAAAAAUUCAAACCAGAUAGAGAAGGUGAUAGCCACCAUUACGUUGGAAUUUCUCAAUCAGCAUGUCGAGAGAUAGCUCUAUGCAGAGAGUUAAAUCAUGAAAACAUUAUUGGGUUGGAGGAAGUAUUGUUGGAAGACAAGGCUAUAUUCAUGGUAUUUGAGUAUGCAGAGCAUGAUUUUCUGCAAAUUAUACAUUAUCAUUUACACACAGAACGGAAGCCUAUACCAGAAAUUUUGAUAAAGUCAUUUCUAUGGCAAUUAUUGAACGGAGUGGCGUAUUUACAUGCAAAUUGGGUCUUGCACAGAGAUCUUAAGCCUGCGAACGUUCUUUUGACAAGUGAUGGGAUUGUAAAGACAGGUGAUCUCGGAUUGGCUAGACUAUUCAAUAGACCAUUGCAGCCGUUGUUCAAUGGUGACAAAGUGGUUGUGACAAUAUGGUACAGAGCUCCUGAAUUAUUGUUUGGUGCGCGACAUUAUACAAAAGCUAUUGAUAUGUGGGCAGUUGGAUGUAUUUAUGGUGAAUUAUUGGCCCUCAAGCCUAUUUUCAAAGGAGAGGAAGCAAAGAUGGAUACAAAGAAGAAUGUGCCAUUUCAACGAAGUCAACUUACCAAGAUUUUUGAGGUUCUCGGCACGCCCACUAAGGAGGUUUGGCCAGCAAUAGACCAAUUGCCAGAUUAUUGUCAUCUCAGUACAUUCCCACAGUGCUCAAAUAAUCUAAAGCAUAUGUAUCAAAUGAUACCAGGCGUAAAGAGCGAAUCUGGAUUCAACUUGUUUAGCGCAUUACUAGAAUAUGAUCCUGCCAAGCGGAUAACAGCCGAGAAGGCACUUGCACAUCCAUAUUUUCAAGAAGACCCAAAGCCACUAGCCAAUGUACUGGCGCAGCAAAAUAUAGAGUAUCCUUUGCGCAGGGUCACCCAAGAAGACAAUGAUAUCAAGGCUACAAAGUCAGUACUGGGAUCUAUGGCCAAGGAAGAGGCGAUUAACAGAGCAAACAAAAAGGCACGGAAUGUAUAAAAAUGUACCAUUGGUGUUUGUUGUCUAAACACUUAUAAAAAGAUAAAGGGGAGGUGCAAGACCACAGAUUAAUCUAGCCAAAAAUGACUUAUGCAGGGAUCACUUUACUAGACUGGAGAAUAUAUAUACAUAGAAGAGGUGUGUUUAU